AUGCAGGAUGGCCCUUAUUUAGACCUCUUUCUUUUUUCUUUAAUAUCUAAGCCUCUUUCUUUUUUUUUUGAAUCUAUUUUAAUCCUUUUUCUUUUCUUUCUAUCUAAGGAUUCUUUUUUUUUUUCUUUCUAUCUAAGCCUCUUUCUUUUUUUUUCUUUCUAUGCCUCUUUCUUUUUUUCUUUCUAUCUAAGCCUCUUUCUUUUUUUCUUUCUAUCUAAGCCUCUUUCUUUUUUUGAAAAAGCCUCUUUCUUUUUUUCUUUCUAUCUAAGCCUGAAUUUUUUUUUUUUUUUCAAUCUAAGCUUUCUUUUUUCAUCCAUCCAAAAUCCAAGCCUCUUUCUUUCUAUCCAUCCAUCCAAGCCUCUUUCUUUCUAUCCAUCCAUCCAAGCCUCUUUCUUUCUAUCCAUCCAUUUCUAUCCAUCCAUCUAUUGCAAGCCAUUUUCAGAAUAUGCAUCCAUCCAAGCCUCUUUCUUUCUAUCCAUCCAAGCCCUUUUCUUUUCAUGGAUGCAUCCAUCAAUCCAUCCAUCCAACCUUUUCUUUCUAUGCAUCCAUCCAAAAUGUUUUAAAAUUAUGCAUCCAUCCAAGCCCUUUCUUUCUUUCCAUCCAUCCAUCCUUUCUUUCCUCUUUCUUUUCUAUCCAUCCAUCAUCCAUCUCUUUCUUUUUCUUUCUUUAUCCAUCCAUCCAAGCCUCAUUUUUUUUUUUUUAUCCAUCCAUCUAAGCCUCUUUCUUUGCAUCUUUCUUUCUUUCUUUCUUUUUUAG